AUGGAGAAAACUAUUAGACAGCAAGCCAUGAAAAUUCAAGAGCUCGAACACCUACUGGUUGAGAAUAGCAUGGUGGACGGAAAGAGAGGGAUUGCCUCGUCCGAUGAGAGUCAAAGCGUCGAUGAGAGGUUUUGGAACGCAUCAGACUUGAGGAGGUUUUACUCCAGCAAGCCGAUUGGGCUCCAACCUCUCUCGCGAAGCUACGAGUUCACUUUGGUUCGAACCCGACGCACAGGCGACUUGGACGGCUUGGCUGACUUCUCGCACCUCUGGGUGUUUUUCGUGUUCCACCAGAAUGAGAAUUCAACUCCUAAGCCGAAAGUCUAUCCUCCUCGCCUAGACGGCAAGCCCAAGAUCGACAAGGUGGAGCAUGACGUGAUCUACCUAAGCGGCGUGGAUCUCGUCGAUGGGACUCCGGUGAUCGACAUUAAGCCCUACAUCGCCGUCUACGACUCUCCUCGACCCUCGGACGAAGUCUUUGCUCCGACAUGGUCUCUACCAGAGGGCAAGAGGGAGCUGCGCGUUGAGUUGAGUGAACAAGCUCUGAUGGACAUCUUGGUGCUGGAGUCCAGCAGAGAAAGACCAGAGCACUUCUCGAGCUGGAGGGAAGCAGUUGCCGGGCUGCAGGAGAUGCUGGCCUUGGAUCCAAGGUCAGCGUACAGGAGAAACAAGUGCCGAGAUGUCGUCUAUCCCGUCUACUACGAUCGCUUGAACGUCUGUUGCAAGUUCCUUGACGCCGAUGCAACUCACUCAGAGUCUGUCCAAGUCAUGAACAUCUCCUUGCGCCAUGGCCCGACAGAUAGAAGUCUUGCUGCAAGUCUGGAGCCACUUGAGGAGCCUGGAGCGCAAGUUGCCGAUGAAAACCUCAACGCGCGGAGGAGGAGAGACGGUCGAAUGGAUCUGAACUUCAGCGAGAUUUCAGUGAAGGCAGGCACGCGGCUCCCUGACGCACUCUUCUCCUCCUUUCCUCAGUUCUUUCCGUCACUUUCCUCGGCUCGAAAAGCAAUCCGUCGUAGAGAGGAAGGAGAGGGACAGGACGAGGAUUCCCAGAAGCAGGAGCAUCGCUCGCCAAGCAACGAGUUGAUUGCUCUCGUUGUUCGCUGCAUGGCGUCUCUCAGUCGCGCAAGUCUUCGCAGAAAGCCGCGGGUUCUCUUCCUGGACGACGAGCUUGUUGUAGUCGAGAAACCAGAACACCUCCCAACAACGUUUCCUCGCGGCAUUGAAGGCGCAAGACGGAGAGCAACAAGCGAGCACACAGAUCUCACAACGUUUGCCAAGGGGUUCACAACAGACUUCAUCGCGCCUUGUCAUCGACUUGACAGCGCUACUGGAGGGCUCGUCGUCUUCGCGAGGUCAAGACAAGCGGCUUUCAGGAUAUCUCAGCAGUUUGAGGAUCGAGCCAUCGGGAAGGAGUACCUGGCGGUCGUCGUCGGGGACGCUUCUCGGUAUGGACUCGUGGGAACCAUCGACAGAGAGAUCGACGGCAAGUCAGCGAUCACCAACUUUCAAGUCUUGUCUGUACGCUCGAGUCGCAGGUGUAUGGCAAGGUCACUCUUCUCCUGCUGCGUCCGCAAACAGGGAGGAGGCAUCAGCUCCGGAUUCAUCUCUCGCAGUUGGGACAUCCGAUCCUCGGGGAUGACAAGUACGGGGUCUCACUCGCUCACUCGCUACUCGCUGGUCGCUCUCAGUGGCUCCUGCAGCCGUCGGGCGACGUUUGAGAGCUUCACCUGCGUCCUCCAGCUGAUUCUUGCCCAGCAGGUACCCAGCAAGGUUCAGUGGGUGGACUCGAAGGCUUUGAGCAGGGAGGAGGCGCAGCUGCUGCUUUGGGCCUCCAGGCUGAGCCUGCGACAUCCAACUACGAACGAGGAGCUGGAGUUUGAGUCUCGAGCGCCUCCGAGCUUCCAUGAGGGCGACAGCAAGUGA